UUCUCUCGCGAGAUUUGGCAACUCUGCGGACAAAACAGAACAAGUAAAAAGCAAGAUGGCGUUUGAUGGAGAAGUAGUCGUUUUUGGGUUCAUUUUUGUCCUCUGACGUUAUUCUGUCAGUACAUGUACGCAAUUAUGUCGUGUAAUAGAGUAGACAUCCUUAAAAGUUGUUUGAAUCCGAAUGCAUUAUUCCGGGCGCACUUGGACGUUUCCCGUGCGAGCUUAGCUCGCUAGUUAGCUUAGCUUGUUAGCUGCCAACAAAGAGACGCGGAAGUUAUCAACACAUCGCUAAGUAGAGAUCAAAUGUGACUGUAAAGUUUUGUGAUUGUGUGAAAAUGUGCGAAAGGACGAUAACAGAGUACGAGGAGGAACUUUGUCCAACAAAAGAGGAGAACGGGCGGCAACAUCAACUAGUGGACGCGGAUUUCAAAAAACACAAAGUUGUGUUACACAGAAAAGACGUCUGUCAGCCCCCCCACAUUAAAGAGGAAGAGGAGGAAUGUAGGACCACUCAGGAGGAAGAGUGUCUUCUAGGGCAGGAGGAGGCUGAGCCCACCAAGUUUCCACUGACUGUUGUCUCUGUGAAGACUGAAGAGCAUGAAGACAAACCACCUGAGUCCUCACAGCUUCAUCACAGUCCAGAUCGCGGUUCACGUAGUCACAGCAACUUAACGUCGCAAUGGGCGGAGCCAGGCGUGGAGUCAAGCGGGCAGAAGUGCUCCCAUCCUCCAAGAUCAAGCCAGCGGACGAACAUGGACGAGGAGAAGUUCAUCAUCGAAGUACAAGACCACAAAGUAAUAUAUGACGCAACACAUCCUUUUUACAAGGACAACGGCAAAAAGGAUUUGGCGUGGAACACCAUCGCAGGCGUCAUGGACGUGGAUGACUCCCAGCGACGGCUUGGACGUCAAGAAGAAUGUCCCCCUCAGCCGCUGGAGGGGAGCUCCACUUGGAAGCAGGAGGAUCCACAGUCCCCUCAGAUUAAAGAGGAAGAAGAGGAACUCUGGAUCACUCGGGGGGGAGAGUGUCUUCUAGGGCAUGGGGAGGCUGAUCUCACCGAGUUUCCACUGACUGUUGUCACUGUGAAGAUAGAAGACCAUGAAGAACAAUCACCUGAGUCCUCACAGCUUCAUCACAGUCCAAGUGAGGAAAACAGAUGGGCGGAGUCACCAAGAACAACAACAACAGAAGCUGAGGGAGACCACUGUGGAGGAUCACAAGCCGACAACCUGUCAGAUAGUGACGACACGUCGCACGUUAAUGUAAAUAUGGAAUCACACACAGGAAAAAACCCAAGUUGCUCACUAUGUGGUAGCGAGUUUUCUCGGAAAUCCACUUUAAAGAACCACAUGAGAACGCACACUGGAGAAAAACCUUUUUGUUGCUCACACUGCAGUAAGAAAUUCUCCAACAAAAGCAAUAUGCAAUCGCACAUGAGAACUCACACAGGAGAAAAAACAUUUGGUUGUUCAGUUUGCGCUAAGGAGUUUUUUAGAAACUGUGAUCUGACCCGACACAUGUGGAUACACACCGGGGAAAAACCUUUUAGUUGCUCAAACUGCGGUAGAAAGUUCUCCGAGAAGGAGACAAUGCUGUCGCACAUGAGCACGCACACCGGACAAAAACUUAGCUGCGCACUCUGUGGCAAUGUGUUUUCUCGGCAGUCCACCUUGAAGAAUCACAUGAGAACGCACACCGGAGAAAAACCCUUCAGCUGUCCAGCGUGCGGUAAAAGAUUCUCCAACAAAAGCAAUAUGCGAUCACACAUGAAGACACACACAGAGAAUAAAUUACUUUGUUGUUCAGUUUGCGAAAAAGGCUUUAUUCGAAGCUCCGAUUUGACUCGACACAUGCAGACACACACGGGUGAACAACCUUUCUGUUGCUCAUUUUGCGGUAUAAAGUUCUCUCAAAGGGUAAAGUUGCUCUCCCACAUGAGAACACACACAGUAGAAUAACUUCAUUGUUCCGUGUGUGCCAAAGACUUUGUUUGUAGCCCUGUUUUAAAAAAAAAAAAUUAAAGAUGCAAGCAGCGAUGGACGGGACCAACUUUGAGGGCUCAUAAAAUCCAAACCGUAGCAGUAAUUAAAACUCUUUCAUCAACUUUUAAUCAGAAGGGUUCAAUCUCUCUCUUGUGCUAAUUUGUAGCCGACACGACAAGCGCGCUCAGAGGAGAUAAUGUUUGAAAAAAGGUGACUGUUUUUACACAACUUUUGUUUUGAAGGGGGAAUUGCAAACUUCCUGUUGAUUUUUGCAGGGGGUUGUCAGUGUAUGAAAUCUAGGUCUAAGUGAGACCUACAUAGAGGGUUUUUGUUUCAUGUCUCUACGACAUUCCUACUGGGAGUUUGGGGCAGUUUUGUCUGUGUUUUCUUCCUAGGGGGCGCUAGAGCGCAAUUUGGAGUUUUGGGGUUUAGUUUUUUGAUUAGAUCGCAAUUUUCGCCAGUCCUGAUGUGUGUGUCCAAUUUGGUGAGUUUUGAAGCAUGUUAAGGGGGUCAAAUUACAGCUCAAAGAGGCGGCGGUAUAAUAAUAAAGAAAUAAAUAAAAAACGCUAGAAAUUCAAUAGGGUCCUCUGUCCCAAAGGGACUCGGUCCCUAAUAAAUUGCUCAGAUUGGUAAAACGUUAUCGGAAAGAGAAAAGUGAUGUCCUACAUUAGAACGCACACAGGAGAAAAACCCUCCAGUUGUUCAGUUUGCAGGCAAAGGUUCUCUCAAAAGUCAAAUUCAACUUGACACAACACACUCAGGAGAGGAAAAACCUUUUAACUGCUUAAUUUGUGGCAAUACGUUUUCUUGCGAGUCCUCAUCCAGUGGACUCUAAUAUCACUGAUGAUCUACUGUUUGUUUAAGAAAUAGAAAAAUAAUUACGGAUGUUUCUGUCAUUCAAGUUUUUUAACAAUUUACUGCUGGUCUGGGAAUAGUCUCCACCUUAAUGUCAGACACAGGGAUUGGUGGAGUUAGUCUCACCUUUUUAGAGUAGGCUACAGAAGUAAUGUUGAUAAUAAAGUAUACCAUAGGUGAACAAAAAGUUUGGAAAUGGGUGUUUGGCAGAUGUAUUUGUGGAAAUGAUUAUUGCCAAUGAAUUGUGCACUGUUGACAACCAUUUAAUUUACACAUUGUAUGAUGUAUGUUUGCGCUUUAAACAACUGUAUGCAAUAAAGACACA